AUGCCUGUCGACGUUAUCAGCACCCCGGUCUCACACCCUGAACUAGAGCUCCGACUGCUAGAGUUGACCGUGGACAACCCUACAGGCCUGAAGGAGGACACGUCUCAUGAGAGCAUCUUUAUCGAUGUCGUGGAAAUCUAUCCUGAGAGGAGUAGGACGAAGAGAGGUCUUCGGCCUGGAGGAUUGGCGAGCUAUUUCCCUCAGAGCGCAGAGCUCAACUCUGGUCGUGGGGUGGAUGCAGGCCCUACUCUUCUGCGUAUAAUUUUUGUCGAGGACCCCGCCUAUGCGGACUCGUCUCUUCCACCUCUCAAUCGAGGCAGACCGUCGCUAAACAAGACGGCCUUGUGGCUGCACCACCGGUUCGGUGUCUCCCUGUCGUUCUAUCAGAACAUGAGCCCUACACUCGAGUUGCGCGCGACAGGGUGUGGGUACUUCACGAAGUACGACCAAGCCGAGAAGGCCAUCGCGUUAAUUGGUUUCUACCAGAACUCGCAUGGCUUCGAUGGAGGCCCAGUACACAUCUGGUUCUCCCAUAGCCUGCAAGAACCACGUUCGUCGACCUACGUAAUCUACAACACCCCUCCUGGUGCCAAGAAGCACAUCUUUAUGUGUGCGGAGAAGCAGGACUCGAGCUUGCUGCUUCGCCCCCUAGCCGUGGACGCGUUUAUGGAGGAGGAUUACCAUGACGCGUGGCAUCUCAAGACGGGAUGUUGGCGUACGAAGCUGGUUUAUUUUGAGGAUGACUCUCGCAUCUCUACCUUUACCCCUGCACAAUGCGUCAAAGCUGUCGAAGAACUACACGAUAUAGACAAGAACUUACACGUCGCACAUGGAAAUUUCCAAGAUCUCCUUGAGAAGCUCGACUUCCUGCUGUCCAUCCGAGAGAAGUAUCUCACCUACGCAGCUCAUCUCUCUCCGCCAGCCCAUUUCAGCCAACGUGAUAUCACUUCAAUCGACGAGUCCCUUUCCCUGCUGCGUCUGCGAGGGCAGUUUGGAUUACGCUGGACGAGGAACUAUUAUGAGAGGGCGAGGAUCAGAAUCAACCUUUUCUUCAACCUCACGACGCAAGCGGACAGUCGGACCAAUCUUGAUAUUGCGAGGCUAACAACGAAGAUAUCUGUAACGGCACAACGGGAUAGCUCGUCCAUGAUAACAAUUGCAGCUGUGACAAUGUUCUUCCUCCCGGGAUCAUUCGUGUCGACCCUAUUUAGCAUGGUAUUCUUCGACGCUGAGACGAACCAAAGGGGAAAGAUGAACCUUUCCGUCUCAUCUCAAUGGUGGCUCUUCCCGCUGGUUGCAAUCCCUCUUACAAUCCUUGUAUUCGUCAUCUGGAUCGUUUGGCAACGGCAGCGACAAGCACGAGUCCUAAAAGAAGUUGAGGAAGUACAACAGAUGACCCCGCGACUGGAGGACGUCGAACGUAGUUCAAUCUUCUCAGAGAAGAAAAUUCAUUAG